AUGGCCAACAAGUGCGUUAUAAAGGGAAUGUAACGUGCAAUUGAAUGAGAGUGUUUCCUCUUGACUAGGAACUCUUCUUUGUGCCACGUUCACGCAGGCGUCGUAAACAGGACGGGCAAGAUGUCAGCUUCCUUACGGGAAAAGCAGACAGUGGCUCUCAAGCGUAUGCUUGCUUUCAAUAAUCAGCCGACGAAGCAAGUUUCAGCCGAGCCACAAUGGAAGGUUUUGGUCUACGAUCGAUUUGGUCAGGACAUAAUUUCUCCACUUUUAAAUGUAAAAGAAUUAAGAGACUUAGGUGUAACUUUGCAUAUGCUUCUCCAUUCAGAUCGAGACCCAAUUCCUGAUGUUCCUGCUAUAUACUUUGUUAUGCCAACAGAUGAUAAUAUUCAAAGAAUAUGCAGGGAUUUUGAAAAUCAAAUGUAUGAUUCCUAUUUUUUGAACUUUAUAUCUUGUGUUUCACGACAAAAGCUGGAAGACAUCGCCAACACUGCGAUCCAGCAUAAUUGUGUGUCACUGAUAUCAAAGAUUUACGAUCAAAAUUUAAACUUUAUUAGUUUAGAAGAUGAUCUGUUUACACUGCGGCACCAAGAUAGAGAAUCUAUAUCAUAUUAUGCUAUUAAUCGUGGUGAUGUCAAGGAUACAGAAAUGAAUGCAAUAAUGGAUACCAUUACAGAUAGUUUAUUUUCAGUCUUUGUUACUUUAGGAGUUGCUCCUAUUAUUCGAUCCCCUCGAGGCAAUGCUGCAGAAAUGGUUGCCGAGAAAUUAGAUAAGAAACUACGUGACAAUAUAAGGGAUGCUCGAAAUAGCCUUUUUACCACAGACAAUAUACAAACUGGCCAGUUCAGUUUCCAAAGACCUCUUUUAGUCAUUCUUGAUAGAAGCCUGGAUUUAGUUUCCUUACUUCAUCACACAUGGACCUACCAAGCUCUUUCACAUGAUGUUUUGGAUUUGAAGUUAAACAAAGUUGAAAUUGAAGAAUGUACAGAAGUGAUGUCUCCAAGUGGCACUUCACGUCCAAAGAAAAAGAAGAAAAGCUAUGCCUUCAGUUUUUCUGAUAAGUUUUGGCAAACACAUAAGGGAAGCCCAUUUCCUACAGUUGCUGAAGCUAUUCAGGAAGAAUUAGACUCUUAUAGGGCAGAAGAAGAUGAAGUGAAAAAAUUGAAAGCUGCUAUGGGUUUGGAGAGAGAAGAUGAUUCAGCCAUUAGUAUGCUAUCAGAUAACACUGCAAAACUGACUUCUGCUGUCAGUUCUCUACCAGAACUUUUAGAGAAGAAACGCCUCAUUGACAUGCACACCAAUAUUGCCACUGCACUUCUGGAACAAAUCAAGGCUAGAAAACUUGAUGUAUAUUUUGAAACAGAAGAAAAAAUGAUGAGCAAAUCUGUUCUGGACAAAUCUUUAAUGGACAUCAUUUCAGAUCCAGAAGCUGGUAAUCCCGAGGACAAAAUCCGUUUAUUCAUAAUUUCUAUGAUAUGUGGACCACCUAUGACUGAUGCCGAACUGGACCAGUAUUGUAUGGCUUUUAAAGCCAGCAACCUUGAUAUCACGCCGAUUCAAUAUAUCCGCAGAUGGAAAGCCUAUACAAAGAUCUCUGUAGGCCCUGCUCAGUAUGGUGGUGGUGGAACCAAGACUAUUGGAAUGUUUUCCAAACUGAUGAACCAGGGUUCCCAAUUUGUUAUGGAAGGCGUAAAGAACCUUGUUGUGAAAAAACAUAAUCUUCCAGUGACUCGAAUUGUUGAUGCUUUGAUGGAACUGAAAUCUUUACCAGAAAUUGAAGAUUUUCGAUAUUUUGAUCCCAAGUUAUUGCGAGGUGAUGGUUCUGCUGUUGCCAGAAAUAAAUCUCCAUUCCAAGAGGCCUAUGUUUUCAUUGUUGGUGGAGGAAAUUACAUAGAGUACCAAAAUCUGCAGGACUAUGUCAAAUCAAAAUCCAGUUCAAUCCCUAAACGAAUAGUGUAUGGUUGCAGUGACAUAGUUAAUGCUUCCCAGAUGAUAAAACAGCUGACAGCUUUGGGAAACGAAAUAUGAAAUUACUGGGGCUGUUAGGAAAAACCAUAUUUCUCAAGAUUGGUUAUUUUUGAUACUCUAUCAGCGUCAGGUUCAGUCCGAGCUCUCUGAAUACUUUGUAAAUCAUCACUUGAAGAAAGAAACAAAAUCCUUUUAAAACAUAUAUAUAUACCUGCUUUCAUUUUAAGCCGGUCUCACUUCAGGGCCAGCCACCUUCGAUUAUUGGUCAUCAUAGGCUGUUACCCCAUUUCUCCAAAUAAACUUAUUAAAAUA